AUGGGAGAAACGACAGCUCCAAGUACUACUACCACUACUCCGCCGACUGUUAGUGUGCCGAGGACAAUGGAUUCGACCGUUAAUGCAGUUGGCGUUAAAGUUCCGCCAUUUUGGCCCGAGGAACCGGCUUUAUGGUUUGCCCAGUUGGAGGGCCAGUUUAGUUUGGCGAAUAUUGUGGCCGACUCGACCAAGUUUUACCAUGUCGUGAGCAAUCUCGAGCAUAAAUAUGCAGCGGAGGUUAAGGACAUAAUUACAAAGCCGCCGGCGACGGAAAAAUACGACAAACUAAAAACUGAGCUAGUUUACCGAUUGUCCGUGUCCAAGGACAAGCGAGUGGAGGAGUUGGUGUCUCAAGCCGAGCUGGGUAAUCGUAAGCCCUCGCAGUUUUUGCGACAUCUUCGCGACCUGGCCGGUACCGACUUAUCGGACGACUUUCUGCGCAGCAUAUGGGCUAAACGUUUACCGCCGCAUGUGCAGACCGUUAUUGCCACGAUGUCGGAUGCCACUUUGGACAAGGUUGCUGCGUUGGCCGAUCGGGUGAAUGAUAUUGUGGUACACACACCUCACGUUGCGGAAGCUUCUGGGUCAGCUGUUCCUGUUCUCGUGCCGUCAUCUGUACCUAGCACAAUGGAAGAGCGUCUCAACCGCCGUAUAGAUGACCUUGUGCGGCAAGUAGCUGCUUUAGCGACUGGAAAUUCCCGUGGGCGAGCUACCACGCGCUCGCGCUCCCGGGGACGUCACAGCUCUCGCUCAAGGAGUCGUGCGGGGAGCAGCGGACGAUGCUGGUACCACGACAGAUUCGGCCCCCGUGCAACCAAGUGUCGCGCGCCGUGCAGCUGGACCGAGGGAAAUGCCAGCGGCGGUCACUAA